AUGGUCGAGGGCCAAGUUGUCGAGGAGCGGGAGGAAUUGUUGAAUGACGUUUCAGACCAGGGGUCUGUAUCUAGGGAGCAAAGUGCUGCGUCGUCAUUACAACUCUUAAUCUCUGACCACGAAGAUGGGAAGACCGAUGCUCCAGAGGAACCUGAGAUCGUGGAUCCCGUGCUGUCGAAGUACCACACUGCAUGCCAGGCUGGUGACCUCGCUACUGUGAAGCAGAUGAUAGAAUCCCAUGUUGUCGAUAUUGGAAGCGAUUUCAUGUCGGAGGAGAAAGUUACGGGGCUUCACUGGGCCGCGAUCAAUAACAGGUUGAAGUUGGUGGAAUACCUCAUCAGCCAGGGCGCGGACAGCAACGCAAGGGCAAGUCAUUUGGGGGCAACACCGUUACAUUGGGCGGCCAGGUACGGGUACGUUUACGUAGUUGACUACUUGUUGAACCACGGCGAUGCAGACCCUGCGCUCUGUGAUGAACAAGGUUUCAACCUGCUACACCUUGCCGUCAACAGUUCCAACAUCAUGCUCGUCUGUUACGUCCUUUUCUUUGUUGUGCAACCGGGCCGAUUAGAUAUCGACUGUGCGGACCCCCAUGGUAGAACGUCGCUCUUGUGGGCCGCAUACCAAGGGGAUGCCCUAACAGUGACCAUGCUGCUAAAAUUCGGUGCUAGUACCAAGAUUACGGACGAUAAUGGGUUCACUCCAUUACACUGGGGGGUUGUCAAGGGCCAACCUCAGGUAAUGAAAUACCUAAUUAAGGACGGUAGUGCAGAUUUCUUCUCCAAGACAAACGAUGGCAAGGACUGCUUCAUUGUUGCUAAAGAGAUGAAGACCACAUACGCCUUCAAGGAGUCGCUACAGUACGCGGGGUUUUCCCCGGAUGGGACAGCUCUCCGCAAGUAUUUCAAACACGAUCAGCAUGCGAAAGUUGCUACAUUUAUGACUCCAUUUGUCGUCAUCGGGCUGGUAUUUGGCAUGUUCAGUCACAUCCAUUUUAUAUUUGCCCUACUGUGCUCCAGUGUUUUGAUACUAGCGACGAAUAAAUGCCUGAAUAUGUUUGUGCUCCCAUCCCUGAUCAGCCAAAACAGCUCCAUUCACAAUAUGACUUUACUUAAGUCGCCUCUGAUGGCUGGCGUAUUCUAUGGGAGUUUACUUUGGGUCUCGAUAGUUUUCCUACUUGUUCUGUUUCCAACAGUUAUUUUCGAAGAACCCAUGUUGUCGAUCCUAUUCGUCGCUGUACUAGGCUGUGUACACCUCCUAUUUUUCCAACUGGUGUACUCGGACCCUGGUGUCCUUGAACCAGAGACCGACUUCAACGAAAUACGCAACAAGAUUAGCGAACUGCUGAAAAUCGGUAAAUUUGAUACCAAAAAUUUUUGCAUUGAGACGUGGCAAAGAAAGCCAUUGAGGUGCAAAUUCUCGUCGUUCCAUAGCAGAUUAGUGCUCCGCUUUGACCACUACUGUCCCUGGGUAUACAAUGACGUCGGGCUCUUGAACCAUAAAAAAUUCAUGUACUAUGUCAUGUCUGUUGGUCUCGGAAUUGUAUGCUUUGUGAAAUUGUCCAUGGAGUUCUUCGACGCUUUCGACGACGACGACGACGUGGCAUGUGGGUUCCUCGGGGACGACGAACUCUGUGCAGGGUUCACUUACAGCAAGUUCACGUUCCUGAUAAUGGUGUGGGCGGUUUUGCAAUUGUGUUGGGUUAGCAUACUGCUUGUGAUGCAAUGGAUUCAAAUAGCGAAAGGUAUCACCAAUUACGAGUUCGACCUAGCUUUGCAACAACGGAAGAGAAAGUCCUCACAGCAGCAGCAGAUAAACGAGCACUUCAACACUGCACCCGACGAACUCGUGGACGACGGCAGUUCCGCCGGCACUGCCCGUGCAGAGUCGCUUGCGAACGCUGAGACGACUUUCGACGGCGUCUCGGAGGGCAACGGGAGGGCAGGUACUUGCCUCAAGAUGAUUGGAGUCCCGCAAUGCGUGACUUUAGUGGGCGAGCUUCUCGGGAAAACUCAAUCGAACAGCGCGGGGGCGGAACCGCGCCGGGGCAGCAGCCUACACAUAGCGACAGACUACGGUGUUUCCCGCAACAUACAGGACUUUUGGCUGACCAGCGACACUGGGGCUCCACUGUGGCAGAGACUGCUGUACUCGACCAGCAGCUCCUCGAGCAGAGCGCUCCUGAACGGCGAGGAGGUCGUAUACAGCACGCUCUACGAGCUGCCGGCAAGACAGGGAGACAAUGGAUACUCUGUAUAA